UUAAAUAUCCGCGCUGAACCAAUGCCAGAUCACGAGAUCGACCCGAACGACGACGCGCAGGUGGCAGCGUACCGGAACGAAGUUUGGCCCGUGGUCGAGGAGGCCAAUCAUCUUGGGCCUGCGUUCGCCAAAGUCUUCAAGGAGACCAUCCUGGUCGCAAGUCCUAACAAGUCGCUGCCGCGCUCGGGCAAGGGCACCGUCCAGCGCAAGAUCACGCUCGACCUUUAUGCGCCCGAGAUCGAGAAGCUGUUAGUGAUUCAUUCUGGAUCUCAGUGGGUUAGGUCGUGA